UGCAUUUGUUGCUAGUCUUCAUGUUUGACGUUGAUCCAACGAGAACUGAUGAACGUGUACCUGCUGGCGCUACUCAGCGAUGAACGAAUCUCUCUUCCCCGCGAGGUCGUGGCAGUGCACAUGCAUCCACAGAAUAGGACCAGGACCACUUCCGAGAUCGCGCGCCAGGAGCAGAAGCGGUUCAGAUUGCUCCAGACGAGUCAGAAGCUGCGCUUGUCAUAUCAAAUUGGAGUGGGUCCGACACAGCAGAUGGAUGCACACUGCAUGACAUUGACAACAAACGCGGAUCCUGGUCCCUCGAAGCUCGAUGCUCUUUCAUUAAAUCGAUGUCACAUUGCAUCAGGCUUUUCCGUUGGAUGGACCCGCUCGAAUGAUCAUCAUAGGCGCACCAGGGCAAGAGCCCCACUCGCAAAAUGCCUGGCGCGUGAUACGCACGUGGCUCUUGUAGCCGAGAGGCCCGGAUCGCCCUGCAUCACAUGGCUCAGGCACAAGCCACCAGUGAUGCGGUCCUUCGCACGAAGCGCACGAAUUGCCCUUCGCUACGCAUUCGAGGGUGAUGUGUGCGCUCUGGCGAAUCAACGUUGUUUCUAGUCUGAGUGGAGAAUCGGCGGAGCCCUCGAGGCGACAAUCCCAGGGAGCCUUGUUCCGACGCAGAGACCAGCGAAACAUUCAUAUGCCUGAUUUGACCAAGGACGGAGACGUUAUCGCUGCCAACGAUCGGAGGCACCCGUCUUGCUGGGCAACUCGAUUCGUCAAGACAACCUGCGAUUGAUGUAUGCUGGUGCGCGCCAAGGCCCUGCAUA